GCCUUUUGUGUCAAUAUCAAGAUUAUGCCUUGGAAGAGGUGAUAUUUUCUUCUUUGCAACUGAUGAAUUUCUCCUAAUCAUGCCGGGAAUAAGUUAUGGUGUACAUCAAACUUGUCAAACCUCUGCUCAAUGUUCGCCCGCCCGGUUUGGGCUGGCCACGGGUGACCUUUCGGGCAUUCGCUAGUAUUCAUACCGGUGCUAUGAAUAAAGAAGACAACAAUUGUUCCAAGAGAGGAGGGGUGGAGGUAGAUCUUCGCAUGCCAUUAUGUCGCAGCGUUGACAUUGAGGGGCUUUCUAUCCCUCAACUACACAAAUGUCUCGAGAGCAGGAAGUUCUCGGUUUAUGACCUGACAGCGUGCUACUUGGAGAGAAUCAGGCGCGUCAAUCGAGUCUUAAAAGCUGUAAUUGAAGUCAAUCCCGAUGCUCUAGACAUUGCUAUGAUGAUGGAUCGCGAAAGGGAGCAGAGGAGAAAUCAUGGACUACUCCAUGGGAUUCCAUUUCUUGUUAAGGAUACCAUGGGUACGAAGGACAAGAUGCGAACGACUGCUGGCUCCUCUGUGCUAGUAGGGACUGUCGUCCCGGAAGACGCACAUGUCGUGUCUCUCCUCCGGAGAGCUGGUGCCGUCUUACUCGGGCAUGCCAAUUUGUCCGAGUGGGCAUCAAUGAGAUCAACGUACUACUCGGAAGGCUAUUCCUCUCGAGGCGGCCAAUGCCGGAACCCUUAUAACCUUGCCGAACAUCCAGGGGGUUCCAGUUGUGGAAGUGCAGUUGCUGUCGCAUCAAACAUGUGCGCUUUCAGCCUAGGCACUGAGACUGAUGGAAGCAUAAUGGUGCCCGCUGAUCGCAAUGGAAUUGUUGGCAUUAAACCGACGGUUGGACUGACUUGUGGUAAGGGCGUUAUUCCCGAAUCACACAGUCUUGAUAGUGUUGGCACGUUUGGGAGAACAGUGCUGGAUGCGGCAAUUGCUUUAGAUGGCAUUGUCGAUUCGCCUACUGGCGCCCGUCUUGAUAUCCGUAGCUUUCCAACCGCCCCAUUUGUAUCAUUUGUUUCCGGGAAGGAAGCCCUUCGAGGAGCUCAAUUUGGAUUACCCUGGAAGGGAGUAUGGGAAAAGGUCAAGCAGAAAGAAACGGCUAGAAAGCAAUAUCAGAUUUUUGGACAGGUAAUAGAGCGCAUAAGAGGAGCCGGAGCAAAUGUCAUUGAGUAUACCGAUUUCCCAAGCGCGGAGGAAAUUAUCCCACCAGGUGGAUGGGACUGGGACUAUCCCACCAAGCAAGGCCACCCAGAACAAUCGCAAUUCACUGUAGUGAAGACGGAAUUUUACAAUGAUUUGAAGACCUAUCUCAGCAACCUCGCUGCCAACCCCAACAAUAUCAGAAGUUUAGACGAUGUGGUCAAGUACAAUGCAACGCAUGCUGAGAAAGAAGGCGGGCGCCCAGGUGUCCAUCCUGCAUGGCCAUCUGGACAGGACAGCUUCGAAAUGAGUUUGGAAACUGGAGGAGUCAUGGAUGAGACCUAUCACCAUGCCCUGGCUUAUAUCCGCCGAAAAUCUAGAGAAGAGGGCAUUGAUGCAGCUUUGUCAAGGGGGGAUGGCAGGCAGCUUGAUGGGUUACUAGUCCCGCUUCAAGCUGAUAGCGGCGUUGGAUGUCAAGUAGCUGCCAAAGCUGGUAUUUAUUAACCCUUCCAUCCCCAUGUGGCUUUGGUAGGUUGGGGUUUCGCCUCGGUGUUUUAAUCCAAUACCUAUGUACAGGAUACCCGAUGAUCACGAUUCCUGUUGGCAUCGCUACCGGCGAGAACGAAAUUCCGUUCGGUAUUGGAAUAAUUCAGACCGCAUGGCGGGAAGAUAAACUCAUCAAGUAUGGAUCCGCCAUUGAGGACCUCUUGGCUCUGAAAUUAAAGCCUACCUUUAUGAACAUCGAUGCGGAUAAUUAUAUGUAUAUUGGGGCCCCUCCAGAGUCCUAAAUUUACAACCGUUUACAAAAACACUAGGGUAGUUUUUACCGGCGUAUUGGGCAUACAACGGAUAGAAAAUUUCUAUUGGGUUCCUGGGUUGAUGUGGGACAUGAGAUGAAUGGAAAUCAGAAUCGGAAAGCGAAAACAUUAUGAAUAGGCAAAAAAGGGGAUAAUAGAGUAAAACUAACCGUUGAACAUCGACUCUUUGGCGCGCACCCAAACCCCAAUUGUAUUAUAUCGACAUAGAAGAGAAAAGAAUAUCUAUUAAAAAAAAAAAAAAAAAAAAAAAA